CUUCUCGCGAGAGCUGGGCCGGGCACCGCCCGCCCGCCUGUCAUGGCCGGCGCUGAAGGGAAGGCGGGCCGAGGCGAGGCGCGCACCAGCCUUGCGGCCUUUGCCCUGGGCGGCUCGGUGGCGGCCGUGCCGCUGCUGCUCUCGGCGCCGCUGAGCGGGCCCGGCAUCCAUGGUCGCGCCGCGCUGGCCCUCCAUGUGGCCGGCGUCAACGCCGCCCUGCUCUUGGCCUGGGGACGCGCCCCGGGGGGCAGAUACCAGAUCGCCAUCCGGGCUUGCUUCCUGGGGUUUGCCUUUGGGUGCGGCCUGUUGCUCAGCUUCGGACAAUCGACAUGGAAGCACUUUGGCUGGUAUAUGUGUUCCCUGUCUCUCUUCCAUUACUCUGAAUACUUGGUGACGGCCAUUAACAACCCCCGCAGUCUCUCCUUGGACUCCUUCUUGCUCAACCACAGCUUUGAAUACAACGUGGCCGCAGUCUCCUCCUGGGUCGAGUUCACUGUGGAGAAAUUCGUUUUCCCAGGAAUGAAGCAGGUUACCUGGCUGAGUUCUGCGGGGCUGCUGAUGGUGGUUUUUGGCGACUGUCUGAGGAAAUCUGCCAUGCUGACGGCCGGCUCCAACUUCAACCACAUCGUUCAGAACGAAAAGUCUGACCACCACACACUAGUGACCAGAGGGGUGUACGGGUGGUUCCGUCACCCUUCCUACGUGGGAUGGUUUUACUGGAGUAUUGGGACCCAGGUCCUGCUCUGCAAUCCCGUCUGCACGCUGGGCUACACGCUGGCCUCCUGGCGCUUCUUCCGGGAGCGGAUCGAAGAGGAGGAGCUGACGCUGAUCCACUUCUUUGGGGAAGAGUACCUGGCCUAUAAGAGGAGGGUGCCCAGCGGCCUGCCGUUCAUCCGAGGGGUGAAAGUGGAGCCAUGAGAGCCGGGCGUGGGCUGGAGCGGAACGAGGCGCCCCCGGACCGGGCUGCGCAGCGCAAGAGCCCUGAGCGUUGGACUGCUAGGGUCGUGGCCAGUUGUUCUGCUCUGAGUGGUGAAGGUGUAUUAAGGGCUAGCCAGAAGCUCAGGGUCCUGCUCCACCAUCGCGAACAAUAGAGACCACAGCAGCCCCGUCUUGGUGCUCAUGGGGAGAGGUGGCCUCCGGAACCCUCUGAGCGGCGCUGAGCUCCCAAGCAAGUCAAAGGACUGGCCCGAAAGCAGAAAGCCGCUCCGACAGGCUGCAGGUUCUCUGCAAGACGGAACUUGCCCUUUGCGUCAUAACCACCCUUGAUUUAGAAGGGCUCUGGAGGGGAGCUCACCUCUCUGGCAAAUCUUUUUUAACGCAACUUUUUAAAUCUUAAAAGGCUACAACAGCACAGCUUUAACCUCUGGUCCUGAUAUCACAUGUCCUUUGGGGCACCUGCCCACGGCUGGGGUGGAGUGGGGGCCCCCCACCCCGUUUCUGUCUUCAGUGCAUGACCUUCUUACCAUCACCACUGGAAUCAUGCUUGCUGAUCUGGUUGGCAACACCGCACGGGCAAAGCAGCCCCCUCCCCUUUUUACUGGAGAAAGGUGGGAUUCUCAAGAACACAGAUCCUUUUUCUAAGUAGCACACAAACUUGCCUGUGUAUGGAUGGGAAAGGCAAGUCUUUUCAUUUCAGUGUUGGGACCGCCUGCUGUUCCUUAUCCCUCUGUUGAGAAGGCCCGUCUCCUUGCACCAGCUUUGUCACCUUCUCAUCUCUUUGCACACUCCUGGCAGUGAGUUUCCCCAUCUUCCCUCUUGCAUUUUACAUUCGGCAGGAGUUCAGAAUAGGGUGGUGGGUGUUCAGAAGGGAAGGGGCUUUGCUCGCUCCGCAGAGUGCAAGGUUUAAAGUGGCUCUCAGCUCUGCGUAAUUCACGGAUCCAGGGCGCCUUGUCUGGCAAGAGUUUUUAGUUUUGGAGCAGGGGACUCUCCGGCUCCCCCAGAGAGAGUCUGUCUUUUGCCCCCUCCUCGAUUUCCCAGCGUACAUUUUUGUUCAUGUUCUAUACCAAAGAGCGGAUCACUGUUGUCUUGAUUCUAUCCAUCUUUUUGUAGUUAGGGUGGGCACUCACACGUCGUCGUUGAGGCUGUCAGACACACCUUUUUGUAAAGCUGCACCCAUGUGGGGGUUGGUUACAAUUAGCCCAGUAUUCUUCUGUGUGUCCCCAGCAAGGCUGAUUCUUCAGCUUGUGAGGCUCUUUACUCCUUGGCUUUUAUGGUUCAAAGCGCCCCAGAGGCCUGUUCCAAUGGUGGGAGGAGGAAAACUUGAGUAUUCAGGGUUCUUGUGAACUUAAAGACCAGUAGCUUUUAUUUUCCUCUCCUUCUGCAAAAUUCCUUCCCACAUCCAGGAUCUUCUGCUUCAUUACCUGGCUAUGUGUCCUUGAAUGCCCGUUCAAAUGCCCAGGGGACGGGACACAAGGCCAUUUAGAGGUAGGAUGCACCUUUGUUUCCUUUUCUAAUAAAAAGCAGAAUCCCAUACCAACAAA